AUGGAGGAUAACAGCGAGCAAGCUAGUGUGUCGAGCCAGGCAUCGAUGAGGCCGUUGGUAUCCGACAAUGGCGACAGGGAAGCCGGUGCGGGUGUAGAAGUUAAUAUUGCUAAUGACAAUGACACCAGUGUUGGUGUAGAUGGUGAGAAUGGGAAUGAGGAUGAUGAUCCUAUUUUAUCAAAGUAUCACAAUGCAUGUCAGCGCGGUGAUUUGGAAGUUGUGCGGGAGAUGAUUCAUGGAGGUCAAGUCAAUGUGUCAUCAGAUGCGGAUCGUGAGGGUGUAACUGGGCUGCAUUGGGCAGCUAUCAAUAAUAGACUUAAUGUUGUGGAUUUUCUUGUACGUGAAGGUGCCAAUGUUGAAUCCAAAGCUGGCGCACUAGAGGCCACCCCGUUGCAUUGGGCAGCUCGAUACGGGUUUGUAUAUGUUGUGGACUAUUUGCUACAGCAUGGUGCCUCAGCCACAACCACUGACAAGCAAGGAUUUAACCUACUUCAUCUGUCAGUAAACAGUUCGAAUAUAAUGCUCGUAGUCUAUGUGUUAUUCUUUGUUGUUAGUAAAGGGAUUAUCGAUAUAGAUUACGUGGAUCCAAAGGGUCGUACUGCUCUUUUGUGGGCUGCAUAUCAGGGUGACUCACUUACAGUAGCAGCUUUGAUCAAGUUUAAUGCUAGUGUUAAGAUUGCUGAUGAAGGUGGCUUUACACCACUACAUUGGGGUACAGUGAAAGGCCAACCACAUGUCUUGAAGUACUUAAUUCAAGACGGUGCUGACUUUUUCCAGAAAACUAACGACAACAAGGAUUGUUUUGUGAUAGCAGAAGAAAUGUCCAACACCCAUUCAUUCCAAGAAGCUUUAAGGCAUAAUAACUUUGACAAAAAUGGUUAUCCUAUAAAUAAGUUAGUGAAAAGAGAUGAUCAUGCCAAGAUAAUUACAUUUCUGAUACCGUUACUAGUCUUAGGUUUUGCAUUUUUUGGUUUCUCUCAUUUACACAUACUCUUUGCAUUACCUGUAAUAAUUUUGUUGUUGCUUGCCUCCAACAAAUUCAUCAAAUCAUUCCUAUUACCUUCUUAUGAAACGAAAGGUACUAACUCAGCAUCUCUACUCAAGUCUCCAUUGAUAGCGGGAAUAUUAUUUGGAAGCAUUUUUUGGCUAGCAUUUGUUUGGAUAUUAAGGAUUUUACCUUACACAUUUACCAAGAGACCUCUAGGAAAUUUAACCUUUUGUGCCAUAUUGUGCUUUGUAUGCUACUCCUUAUUUCUGCUUGCAUUUUCUGAUCCUGGUCAUAUUGGGUCAGAGAAUGAUCAUGAGAAAAUACGUGAGACAAUUUCAAAUCUUCUUAAAGAAGGUAAAUUUGACACAAGAUCUUUCUGUUUGGAAACAUGGGUGAGAAAACCAUUGAGGAGCAAAUACUCAUAUCUCAAUGACGCACUUAUUCUGAGAUUCGACCAUUACUGUCCAUGGAUAUAUAACGAUGUGGGUUUAAAGAACCAUAAAUUGUUCAUCUUCUUCAUUUUGGCACUUGAGCUGGGUAUUUUUUCUUUUGUAAAAGUUUGUUUAAAGUACUUUGACGAAUUAGACAUGGAUGGUGAUUGUUUUAUCCUUGGUGAUGACGACCUGUGUUCUGGUUUGAUUGGAGACCGCUUCACAUUUUUGAUUAUGACAUGGGCUUGCAUCCAGGCUGUAUGGAUAUUCAGUCUUGUGAUUGUACAAUUGUUUCAAAUCACUAAAGGACUUACGAAUUCUGAACUAAAUGCUUUAAUUAGGGAAGGCAGAAGGGUAGAUAUCGAUUCUCAGACACAUAACGAGUUUUUUAACACUGUCCCUGAAGGUUUUAUUAACAAUAAAGAUACCGAGGAAGAAGCUGCACCUCCAGUAAGGAACAACACGAAUGAAAGAAUAUCAACAACCUUUUCUGGCAAUUUACCCAAGCCUAGAACAUGCAUGGGUAUGAUAUGUGCUGUAACAGGCUUGCAUCAAUGUGUAGCUAUAAUUAAAGACACUUUCGGAAUAGCAAGGCAUGGUAGUUCUCGGUCAACAAAUACAAGGUCUUUAUUGUCAUCAAUAUCUACUGACUAUGGCUGGAGAAGAAACUGGUGUGAUUUUUGGCUAUUAAGUGAUACUAACACACCUCUAUGGAAGAGAAUAUUUUUUUCCCCACCAUCAACCAAGGCAUUACUAAACGGUAAGGAAGCCGAUUAUGCUACUUUAUAUGAAGUGCCUAAUAAGAAUCACGGUUCUGUGUCCCAAUUACAGGAAUUACAGGACCCUCUAUCUGAAAUAGAUGAUAUGGUGUAG